AUUUAAUCUGUCUUGGGGAGCAUAAUAGCCGGUGGCUGAGAUAAUGACAGGUUAGCUCAACAUGACAUUCUGUUUUUUAUUUAUUUAUUUAUUUUAUCAGCCUAACCCACCAAGAUACUGACGCAGAACCCCUGGGAGGGGGCAUUAAAUUUUCAGCGUAACCACCACGAAUCAUCCAGAAAUUGGCACGACAAUUUCUCUCUAUAGCGCAGGAAAUUAUCACGUCAUUUUCUUUCACUUUCUAAGUGGUCGUCGUCACGGGACUAUAGCCUAUAAAUGAACUGAUUAUCUAAAUGCACCAUUACAGGGGCCUCUACAAGCAAUAACUGUACGAGAAGUUACAGGAGUACUGAUCGAAGAAGGUGAAGGGACUUGAGUCUUAUAUGGGCGUUAUGUGCCUCGUAUGGAGAUCCAGAUUAGUGGUGUCCAUGAUUCUGGUUGUUGUACUCUGUGGUGUGUAUGCAUCAGACGCACAGCCAAUUGUAAAAGUUUAUCCGCGCGGAAAUCACUGGGCUGUUGGGCACUUAAUGGGCAAGAAAAGCACAGAUGAGCAGGUCAGACCAGAGGAAUCAGAAUUUAUGACGACCCCAGACCAGGAUCUGCAGCUGGAAAGAUUCAACAAACAUCUGUAUGCGCUCAUGACGGGACGGACAGGAGCGGAGAGAAUGCAGGACGGCACAGAGGGGAUCGAUGCUUCGAAACUUCUCCAGCGCAUGCUGACCAAGAGACGUCAGUGGGAGGAAGAUCACGAGAGAGACAGACAAGUCAAACUGCUUGAGGACUUCUUGUUAAAGGCUUUGAGAAUUCAGGAUGACAUCCAAAGCUGAGGACAAACUGGACGAAAGACUGUGGUUUGAAGUUCACUUGUCAACUAACUCAAAUACAAAUCACUUUAUUCCUCAACAUAUAAAUAAGCAUGUUAUAUUUUUGUAUGUCACUAUCUCAAGGAAAAUACACAUAAACUGAGUGUCAUUCUGUAUAUUUGAAGCUAUUAUUUUAUAAACGAAUUCAUUUUCCUGGUAACUGACACCAUAUAGUAAGCAUUGUACUCAUAUCAGCUGAAUAAUAUAUAAUAAAUUUGAACUUGUUGGGCUAUCUGCGGUUUAUAAAAAUCACAGUGCUACUUAUAAUAC